AGCAGAAAGUUUCUCUCAUCUAUACCAAAUCUGUGAACUCUUUGUGAUUUUAUCCCUUUGGGAUCAAACCCAGAGAUUCUUUCCUUUUCGAUCGCACUAAAAUCGUUCAGUUUUAGUAGCACUAGUUUUCGAUUGAUUAAUCACAUGGCGGAGGAGGAAGUGCCGAUUUUAAGAACAGAGCAUUCGCUUGAUGUUUUGAUUCCAGUACUUGCUAAGAAGAGGAAUGUUUCUAUCCCCAAUCCCCCGGAUGUAAACUGUUGUCGUUCUGGCUGUCCGUUUUCUGGAUUAGAACAUAGUAAUCUAGAGUCAUUAACACGAUCGAAGUCCGCUAUGAAGCUCGGUGGAUUGAUAUUGUUCUAUGUAAUCGCUAUCAUUGUAGAGAUCAUAGGUGGCUUGAGAGCCAACAGUCUUUCUGUAUUGACUGAUGCAGCUCACUUGUUGAGUGAUGUUGCUGGUUUCUCUGUUUCCCUCUUUGCUGUCUGGGUUUCAGGCUGGGCGGCCACACCACAACAUUCAUUUGGGUUUAAUCGCCUUGAAGUUAUUGGCGCCCUUGUGUCUGUGCAGCUCAUAUGGCUGAUUUCUGGGUUCUUAAUCUACGAGGCAGCCAAUCGGAUCCUCGGCCACAAGACAAAGGUUAAUGGAUUGCUCAUGUUCGCCAUUGCAGCUUUUGGCUUCCUCCUUAACUUAGUUAUGGUCAUGUGGCUUGGCCAUAGCCAUAGCCAUAGCCAUGGCCACUCUCAUUCUUGUCAUCAUGAUCACUUGGAUCAUGACACUGACCAUGAGGAGGAGGGACAUUCACACAGUUCAAGUUCGAACAUAAAUCUCCAAGGUGCUUAUCUUCAUCUCAUCUCUGAUAUGAUUCAAUCUGUUGGUGUGAUGGUUGCUGGAGCUGUUCUAUGGCUUAAACCCAACUGGGUCGUGGUGGAUUUAAUCUGUACUCUUGUGUUUUCUGUUCUUGCUUUAGCUACUACUGUUCCCAUGCUUAGACAUAUAGGUGGUAUACUGAUGGAAGGAACACCCAAGGAGAUAAACAUUGAGAGGCUAGAACAUGAUAUCAAGAACAUCAAAGGUGUUCUUGCUUUGCAUGACUUGCAUAUUUGGUCAAUAAGUGUCGGCAAAGUUGUGUUGUGUUGCCAUGUUGUAGUUGAUCAUGGAGUUUGUGUUAGGGAUACAAUUUCUAAGAUUAGGAACCUCUGUGAAAAGAGAUACAAUAUAGUUCAUACCACCAUUCAAGUAGAGUAGAUGAAUGGAAGGAUACAAAAAUUGAGAGCAUGUUACAAAUUGUAGCGAUUUAUUACUAUUGUUUUAAAUUAUAGGGAUUAAAUUCUCACUUUCUCGAAA